AUGAAUGCCCCGCCAUCAGAGGAAGUCAUUGAGGAGAUACGGGUCGUGGAUGGGGAAAUAGAUGGGAGGAAGUGUUUUGGGCACAAAGAAGUAGGCAAGAUUGGCUCAAGGAUGGAGAUAAAAAUACAGCAUUCUUCCAUAAAAGGCCGAACAACGGAGACAAAGGAAUACCAUAAGGGGUGUGUUCGACGAAGGGGGUACUUGGAGGGAGGAGGAGGCGGAGGUGGAGGCUGUUUUUGUCAUCAACACGGUGGACAGCAGGGUUACGGGAGAAAUGAACACGUUUUGACAGCAACAUACACGGAGGAAGAGGUAAAGGUAGCCUUGAAACAGAUGCAUCCGACCAAGGCACCUGGGCCGGAUGGGAUGCCCGCAUUAUUCUACAAAAAAUUCUGGGCAGUGGUGGGUGAUGAUACAAUUGCAUAUGUACUCGACAUUCUUAAUAAUGGGGCAGAAAUUGGGCCAAUAAACCAAACCCAUAUUGUUCUUAUCCCGAAAAAGAAGGUGUGUGAGUCAACUAAUGAUUACCGACCGAUUAGCUUGUGCAACGUCCUUUACAAGUUAGUCUCAAAAGUAAUCUCCAACAGGCUCAAGCUCGUUCUUCCCCAUGUAAUUAGCGAGGCACAUAGUGCUUUUGUCCCGUGUCGGCUAAUCACGGAUAAUGUUCUUGUUGCGUAUGAAAUGUUCCAUUAUCCCAGGAAAAAGAAAAAGGGCGUGAAGGGGCAUAUGGCUAUGAAACUAGAUAUGAGCAAGGCAUACGACAGAGUGGAAUGGGAAUUUGUAGAGGGAAUAAUGCUGAAGCUGGGGUUUGACAGAUCCUUUGUUACACUCGUGAUGCGGUGUAUCUCCUCAAUAUCUUACUCCAUUCUCUUCAACGAGGGACUUUCGUCCUUACUCCAAGAUGCAGAGAAACGGAAGGUAAUUCAUGGUAUUAAGAUAAGCAGGAAUGUGCAACCCAUAUCAUACCUCUUUUUCGCAGAUGACAGCCUCCUAUUUACAAGAGCAUGCGAGACAAAAGCAGAUACCAUAUUGGACAUCCUUACUUCUUAUAAACUUGCUUCGGGCCAGAAGAUUAAUUUGGAAAAAUCGGAGGUCUCCUUCAGCCGAAAUGUGAGCAUCGAUACGCAGAAUAUGCUUCAGAUGAAGUUGAACUUUACGGCGUGGGGGCAAAAAGGUGAGGAAAGGAAGCUCUCCCUCAUAAUCUGGGAAAGAUUGUGCAAAUCGAAAGACUCGGGAGGAGUAGGCCUAAGAGACCUUAGAGCCUUCAAUAUCGCUCUUCUGGCAAAGCAAUGUUGGCGAAUCAUCAACUAUCUGAACUCCCUGGCAGCAAUGGUGCUAAAGGGGAAGUAUUUCCCUCGAACAUCUUUCUGGGAGGCAACUGUUCCCCCACACGCCAGUUUUACUUGGCGUUUCAUUUUGUCUGCUAGGGAUUUGGUGAAGAGUGGCACGAAGUGGAUUCUGGGUAACGGUAGGGCUAUACGCUUCUGGUCAGACUCAUGGGUCGAAGGGCUGCCAGGGGGUCGAAUUGUAACCCCUCCAGUGACCAUUGAAAUGGCCGCUAUGUGUGUGGCUGAUAUGAGGAGUAGUGAUGGUGCGGGCUGGGAUGCAGCACAACUCGAAGCCCUUCUAACAGAACAAGAAGCUGAAGCGGUGAAGAGUAUGAAUAUGUCAGAGAGUGGGCAACCUGACAUUCUUUGUUGGUCUCACACGAAGAACGGGGAGUUCACAGUUAGAAGUGCGUACCAUAGCCACAUUACUCGUAUGAAAGGUGAUGAUAGCACAUCAGCUACUAGUGCAAACAAUAUACUAUGGAGGUGA